AUGCAGCUGUCAUCUCUAUUCCUACUGCUGUCGCUUGCCAUCCUCUACAGGAUAGGACAAGACCAAGUGCUGUCCCUGGAAAAUGGCUUGGCCCUGACCCCUCCUAUGGGCUGGAUGCACUGGGAGAGAUUCAGAUGCAUCACCAAUUGCACUGAACAACCAAAUGAUUGUUUGACGGAGGACCUCAUCAAGGGUCAAGCUGACAAAAUGGUGUCUGAGGGUUACCUUGAUGCUGGCUAUGUGUAUCUGUCCAUUGAUGAUUGCUGGAUGUCCAAACAGAGGGACAGCAAAGGAGCACUGGUGGCUGACCCUGUCAGGUUUCCUAAUGGCAUCAAGGCUCUGGCUGACUAUAUUCACAGCAAAGGUCUGAAGUUGGGGAUCUAUGAAGACUUUGGUAAAGCGACAUGUCAGGGGUACCCAGGGAGUGAGUUCUACCUGGAACAGGAUGCCAAGACAUUUGCAGAAUGGGGUGUUGACCUCCUUAAACUAGACGGCUGUAACUCUGAUGUUCAUGACAUGAAAGAUGGAUAUGAAGCUAUGGGUGGAUACCUUAAUCGAACAGGACGGCCAAUAUUGUAUUUAUGCUCCUGGCCAGCUUAUGUACAGAAAGAUGCGGCUUUGACAGACUACCCAGCAUUUAAGAAGACGUGUAAUCAAUGGAGAAAUUUUGAUGAUAUCCAGGAUUCUUGGGACUCCCUGUACAGUAUUAUAGACUACUACGGGUCAAAUCAGUAUAACCUAUCGGCCUUUGCUGGACCUGGGUCCUGGAACGACCCUGAUGAAUUGAUUGUUGGAGGCUUUGGUCUGAGUCAAAACCAGGAGAUGGUCCAAAUGGGCAUGUGGGCCAUGAUGGCCUCGCCCUUGUUCAUGUCCUUAGAUCUUCGUAAUGUCAGACCCGAGUCCAAAGCACUUCUCCUUAACAAAAAUCUCCUUGCUAUCAACCAGGAUCCUCUGGGAAAACAGGGUGAACGGCUCUGGAAGAUAAAUAAAGCAGAAGUCUGGAUCAAGCCUCUAUCAAAACCUGGGGCAUCAGCUAUAUCCAUUUUAAAUACAGACAACCAAGGUGCCCCUCGAGUGUUCCACCUUUCCCCCGCAGAACUUGGACUACCAAAGGCUCAAAAAUACAACAUGACCGACGUGUUUACAAACAAACAGUAUGGCCCUUACAUGUACAGCCAGUCCAUACAGUUCACAAUUGAUCCUACCAGCAUGUUCAUGGCCAUUGCAGAUCCUUUUUAAUACUCAACAAGACCUUUAAUGAAAAAAAAUCAUCACGUCUUCUUUGACGACUGUCAUCAAUCCUCAGUGUCCUGUGUUACCUCUAUAAGUACCUGACUGACUGUUAGUGUUAUAACUGAACUGUAAACCUUAAUAUCUUUGACAGACUCGGCUGACUGUUGAUGUUGUUACUGUACUGUAAACCUUAAUAUUAUCUUUGACUGACUUGUCUGACUGUUGAUGUUGUUACUGUAAACCUUAAUAUUAUCUUUGACUGACUUGCCUGACUGUUGAUGUUGUUACUGUACUGUAAACCUUAAUAUUAUCUUUGACUGACUUGCCUGACUGUUGAUGUUGUUACUGUACUGUAAACCUUAAUAUUAUCUUUGACUGACUUGCCUGACUGUUGAUGUUGUUACUGUACUGUAAACCUUAAUAUUAUCUUUGACUGACUUGUCUGACUGUUUAUGUUGUUACUGUACUGUAAACCUUAAUUUUGUCUUUGAAUACUACCUCCCAUACGUGUGCUAAUCAUAGAAAUCACCUUUUUUUCUAAGUGUGAGUAUAGUAAGAUACAACAUUCCAGCUGCCACUGUUAUAUUUGAAAAUGACAAUUUAAGGAAUUUUUCUAUAUCCAUUUACUCACUGGGAAUGGCCAUGUUUUUGUUUUUCAAUUUUCUAGUAACCAAAGAUUGUAUGGUUUGUGAGCAGGAGAGGAGAGUUAGACUUAGC